GAUGGGACCAGCAGCCAGAUAUCCAUGCAUGCCUGACCGCUAGUCCACUUCCUGGAUGGAAGAAUGGGACAUUUCCAGCACCACUUUUCUUCGCAUUGUGCAUUGCCCUUCGUGACGCUGACGCCGCGGAUAAUCGCUUAAUAAUGCCCACGUGUAAUCAAUAAUAAUCGACCACUUUUUUUUUCACCCCUGUAGUUAAAGACAGCGAUUGAUCGCCGAUUGACCCCUCCAGCACUACGGGAAUGUCGCUAUCUGGAAGCCCGCUACAGGCACGGUGGAGUCCAACACAUUUCCAACUGUUUGUGCACAGCCGUAGUGUGCGUACCGUGUUAUUCCUCGAAGCUAAAAACAGCCUGUGCUCGGACUGGAGGCGAAUAAAUUUGUCUUUUUGAGAAAAGACACAGUGACUCCGCAGCCCGAGCCGCUAACCGUUUUACUUUGAUGCUCUGCCUUCGUGGCUGCUGUGCCAACUUCGUCUCAGCUUCGGUCGUGUGUGUGUGAUUUUCCCUUUUUCUUCUUUUUCUUUUUAUAUAUAUAUAUAAAACAAGAGAAAAGACUGAGAAACUUUGUCACCCGUUGCCUUCUUGUUGCUCUCGAUGAGCUGUCUAACAUGCGGAGAAUACGGGAACCGAGUUACUGGUGGAUUUUAUCCUUAAUUUUUUUAACCUUGCCCAAACACAAAGACUGUCAUCCUGUUGCACCGGGUGGCCAACCUCACCAUGCUGGAGACGGGCACCAAGGGAGCACAGGCGUAAUGAGGGAGAGGAGGGCAGCCGGUGACCCCUACUGGUCCUAUUCAGGAAGCCAUGGACCUCGAGGUUGGGCAGCCUCAUACCCAGAGUGUGCUGCGAAGAACCAAUCACCUGUGGAUAUUGCAGAUGAGCAAGCUUUGGUUUCGGAGGAGUACCAGGAGCUCGUGCUUGACAAGUUCAAUGCUGAGUCCUCCAACCAGACCACCAUGAAAAACACUGGAAAGACAGUUGCUGUUCUCCUGAAGGAUGACUACUUUGUAAGAGGUGCUGGCCUGCCUGGGCGUUUUAAGGCUGAGAAGAUGGAGUUUCACUGGGGCCAUAGUAAUGGAUCAGCAGGCUCAGAGCACAGCAUAAAUGGCAGAAGGUUUCCUGUAGAGAUGCAGAUCUACCUUUACAAUUCAGAUGACUUUGACAGCCUCAGCGCUGCCAUCAAAGAAAGACGCAUCAUUGCUGCCAUGGCGGUCUUCUUUGAGCUGGGGCAAAAAGACAAUCCAGCUGUGGACCCCAUCAUCCAGGGAUUGAAAGGAGUAGUGCAUCAUGAAAAGGAGACCAACCUCAGGUCGUUCAACCUGAGGGAUCUGCUGCCGUCAUCGGUGGACAGUUAUUACCGAUACACCGGCUCUCUGACCACGCCACCCUGCAUCAAGGUGGUGGAGUGGAUCAUCUUCUCCAGGCCUGUGUAUCUGUCCCACUCACAGCUGGAGGCCUUUUACUCCAUCUUUACAACAGAGCAACAGGACCACGUCAAGUCUGUCGAGUACCUGAGGAACAACUUCAGGCCUCUGCAGGACCUGGACAAUAGGAAAGUCUUUAAGUCAGCUGUAAAAGACGCAUGGCAGAAAGAUUUAACCGAGGUCGUGGGAAGCCCUCACAGCACCGAGGCUUCAAGAGUGUGCAGCAGUGCUCCAGUGAGCAUGAAGAUCCAGCCGCUGAACCAGACGGCAUUGAUGGUGAGCUGGGAGCGCCCUCUGACCGUCUACCACCCACCCAUCACCAGCUACAUGGUCUCCUACAGCUGGGUGAAACGUGAUGUCGCCGACGAAAAGACCUUCACCAAGACUGGGGACCAGAGCAUGAAAGCCGUGAUCACUAAUGUGUCCCCUGACGUCCUGUACCUGUUCAGAGUGCAGGCAGUGUGUCAGCAUGACCUGCGCAGUGAUUUCAGUCAAACACUGCUGUUCAGAGCCAAUACAACAAGAAUAUUUGAAGGCUCUCGUAUUGUGAAGACGGGGAUGCCCACAAUUUCUCCAGCGUCCUCUGCAGACAUGGCUCCCAUCAGCUCCGGUUCCUCCACUUGGACGUCCUCUGGCAUCCACUUCUCCAUUGUCUCCAUGGCAACGGGGAUGGGCCCCUCCUCUAGCGGCAGCCAAGCCACAGUGGCAUCGGUGGUGACGAGCACCUUGCUGGCAGGCUUGGGCGUGGGCGGAGGGGUCAUCUCUUCCCUGCCCAGCUCUGUCUGGCCCACACAGGCGCCCCAAGCCACGCAGAACCCCACCCGUCCAUCCGUCCCACCUCCGAAGUCCAGCACCGAGCAGGCAGCGCCCCAGGGCUCUGAGACAGAUGCCCCUUCUGAGGAGAAGCAGGCUGCACGUGAGGGCGAGGAGGAGGAGGAGAAGGAGGGGGAGCGAGAGGGAGAGCAGGAGGAGGGAGAGGAUGAGAAGAAGAGAAAGAACAAGACCGCACCUGAUAAUGAGGAAAAGCAGGCGAACAGCACUGUGGCCAAAGAGCCUUUAAUCCCCACCCCCACAUCCACAGCCAAAGAGAAAGAAGAGGGAAAGCCGACAGUCAAAGGGACCACAGUACCUGCAAGCACCAAUGACGACGAGCUGGUCAACGUAGAGAAGAAACCCACAGAUGUAAAUGCAGUCUCCACUCAGGAGCCUCGUAAUGACACUGCAGAGAUGCAGAUCCCCCAGAGCUCCACACUGUCUCCAAAGAUCAGUGGUGGUGGCAAGAGUCUCUGGCCUUUCUCUGUCCACACUGACAAGACCAUCUUGUCCAACGUGACCCGAACCCCUCACCCAGGGAUGGGCAGGAUGGUGUGGAUCGUCCCCUUGGUGGUGGUGUCUGCUCUCACUCUGCUCUGCCUCAUAAUGCUGCUGAUUGUGAUGGUCUACUGGAGAAUGACAACCAUCUGCUCCCUCCUCUGCAUCAAGUACAGGAGAUUUUUUCAGACAGCUCACUUCUAUGUGGAGGAGAGCAACUCUCCACGGGUUGUGGCCAAUGAGAAUAUACCAAUCAUCCCUAUACCAGAUGACAUGGAGGCCAUCCCCGUUAAGCAGUUCAUUAAACACAUCAUGGAGCUCUACAAGAACAACCUGCAAGGUUUCUCUGAAGAGUUUGAGGAGGUCCAACGCUCCACAGCAGACCUGAAAAUCACAGCAGAACACUCCAAUCAUCCAGACAACAAGCACAAAAACAGAUAUAUCAACAUUGUGGCCUAUGACCACAGUAGGGUGAAACUACGAGCUCUGGCGGGAAAAGAUGCCAAACACUCGGAUUACAUCAAUGCCAACUACGUGGAUGGCUACAACCGGCCCAGAGCUUACAUAGCUGCUCAGGGUCCUCUCAAGUCCACGUUCGAGGACUUCUGGAGGAUGGUGUGGGAGCAGAACACGGGAAUCAUCAUCAUGAUCACCAAUCUGGUGGAGAAAGGCAGAAGGAAAUGUGACCAGUACUGGCCGACAGAGAACAGCGAGCAGUAUGGAAACAUUGUGGUGACGCUGAAGAGCACCAAAGUGCACGCCUGCUACACACUGCGGCGUUUCCUUAUAAGGAACACUAAAGUUAAAAAGGGUCAGAAGGGGAAUCCAAAGGGGAAGCUAAACGAGCGCAUCGUGGUCCAGUAUCACUACACUCAGUGGCCUGACAUGGGAGUCCCAGAGUACACCCUCCCCGUCCUCACCUUCAUCAACCGCUCAUCAGCGGCUCGCACUGCAGACAUGGGCCCUGUCCUGGUGCACUGCAGUGCAGGGGUUGGGCGCACAGGAACGUACAUUGUCAUUGACAGCAUGCUACAACAGAUCAAGGACAAAAGCACAGUCAGCGUCCUGGAUUUUCUCAAACAUAUCCGCACACAACGCAACUACCUGGUUCAGACUGAGGAGCAGUAUGUUUUCAUCCACGACGCUCUGAUGGAGGCCAUCAUGAGCAGAGAGACAGAGGUGCCGGCAUGGCAGCUGCACAGUUAUGUCAACAGCAUCCUCACGCCCAACUCGACAGGCCGCACGCUGCUGGAGAAGCAGUUCAGGCUGUUGACUCAGUGCAACGCACGCUUUGCAGAGUGCUUUAGUGCCCACAAAGAAUGCAACAAGGAGAAGAACCGCAAUUCCUCGGUGGUUCCCUCGGAGCGAGCAAGGGUCGGACUCACCACUCUGCCUGGAAUGAAAGGAACAGAUUACAUUAACGCGUCCUACGUAAUGGGUUACUUCAGGAGUAAUGAGUUCAUCGUUACCCAGCACCCUUUACCCCACACCACCACAGACUUCUGGAGGAUGAUUUGGGACCAUAACGCUCAAAUUAUUGUCAUGUUGCCUGACAACCAGGGCUUGGCUGAGGAUGAAUUUGUUUACUGGCCAAGUCGGGAGGAGGCCAUGAACUGCAUCGCCUUCACUGUCACACUCAUCAGUAAGGACAGACUGUGCCUCUCCAAUGAGGAACAGAUCAUCAUUCACGACUUCAUCCUAGAGGCCACACAGGACGACUACGUUCUGGAGGUGAGACAUUUUCAGUGCCCUAAAUGGCCCAACCCCGACGCUCCUCUCAGCAGCACCUUCGAGCUCAUCAGCGUCAUCAAAGAGGAGGCCAUGACUCGAGAUGGCCCCACCAUCGUGCACGAUGAGUAUGGAGCCGUGUCAGCAGGCAUGCUCUGCGCCCUCACCACACUGUCCCAGCAGCUGGAGAACGAGGGGGUCGUGGACAUCUAUCAGGUGGCUAAGAUGAUCAAUCUCAUGAGGCCGGGUGUCUUCACUGAUAUAGAGCAGUACCAGUACCUUUACAAAGCCAUGCUCAGCCUGGUCGGUAACAGAGAGUGUGGCCUGAGCCCCAUGCACAUGGACACUAACGGGGUGGUGGUGAUCGCAGACGAGUCGGACCCCGCGGAGAGCAUGGAGUCGCUCGUCUGAGGAUGUUCUCACAGGCACUUAAUUUGUAAAAAACUCGAGAACUUUUCUGAGGCCUUUUUUGCCAGACUAUUGAUUAAAUGAAUAACCUUAUUACUUUUUAUACUGAUAAAAGUUUUUUGAUAUUUAUGUUUUUGUCCUUUAUUUCUCGUCUUAAAUGUUAUCCUGCUGAGCGUUUGCACCUGUUUAAGUUGACGUGAGGAAAAAGCAGCUCUGUCCAGUUUGCACUAUACUAUCAGUGUUACUGCCUAAAUCCAGUGAGUGAAGACGUUUCACAGUUUAAACCCUGGCAUCACGACACGACCCGGGAUCUUUGGACCGCGUUGAGACAAACCUGAAGCAUGAAGAACCAGGACGAGUUAAAGCGGUCCGCUCCCGAUAAUGUCUCGAAACAAAAAAAACACCACAAGUAGCCCAGCACGCAUCACGUCACUUUUAUCACCUCGAUCAAACGAACAGUUAUGAGGCUCCGCUCCACGCGGGUGAAGCUUUUUAUGACACGUUAAGAGACUAUUAACUGCUUAAUAUUCAUAUAUUGUCCAAAUAUCUCACUGCUGUCUUGUAUAAUGUACUUAUGGCUUAUUUUGUUAAAGUGUGUUACAACAUCUAAUGUGAACAUGUAUUGCUUUUUACAGGGAUUUAUAUUGUUAUAUUGUUUUGUAAUAUAUAUAUUAUAUCCUUAAUAGCCAGCCAAUGUUUCUUUUUUUUCUUUUAAUAUUAUUUUGUUUUUAGUGCUUUCGCCUAUUUGUCCACUGGCCUUGGUGUAGAAUCAUGUUUUAUGAAAUUGUCAUGAAUAAUCUACAAUUCUUUAUUUUUUUUUCUGUCAUCUUUUAUUUUCAGCUUCUCUAACCUCAACUGUCAAAGCUCAGCUGUUAACACGUGUAAUGGGUAUCUGUAUUGACACAGUACAGUGUCUACAGGAAGCGUUAACCUCGCACAGACUGUCAUGUUUUAUUUUUUUUACACAGUGGAUGUAAUUAUGAUUUUGCUUUUAGCACUGAUCAAGUAAAUAUCAAAUGUUUACAAAUUGAUUUAAAUGAAUUACAAAUGGAACCCCCCCCCCAAAAAUUGAUUCUGCGGCUAUUUACGUUCUGGCAACAUUUACAGUGAGUCUGUGGAUAGCUUUGUACAUCUGGACACAUUUGCAGUUUAUCAUGUUGCCCUGUAAGUUUAAUGAGGACUGUUUCUCGACUAAAUUGACGACUUAAGCCGUACUCACACGGGACUGGUGUAACCUGGGGCUGCAAUAUUCGAACUUAGUCUUAAGUCCUUUGCACGGAACAAGCAUGACCUAAUUGCAGAGGUCAUCUGCGAUCUUAAUCACGUGCCGAUCACUUUGCUCAGAAUCGGUUCUGUUUGUUUAACCCACAUUUAAAAAGAAAAACGGGAGGUUAAUACUGUGCAUCAUCCCUAGUGGUGUUUUGUGGUGUUUCUGUGUUGUGUAUUGUGGAGUUACAAAUGACUGCGCAUCAUAUCUGCGGGAUAAUGUCAGUAGAUCAGAUUAAAAAGCAGACUUUGCUUUUCCCUUGCAAAUAGAGCUUUGGACUGACUCGGCUGCUUAAAGACAUUAAUAUUGUUCCUUAAAGAUAGACUAUGCAGGAUUUUCAAAAAAAAAAAAAAAACCAACUAUGUAUAGACUCACACAGAAGCAAGCCCUUUCAAUCAUCGAUUAUGACCCACUAGAAGUGUGUGGCAGUGUAUUUAUCUGCAGAGACCAGGUGCCAGACCGACUUUCACUUUCACUGGCGAUACGAUUAACAAAAACUUACUGACAGCUCCUGCAUAGUGUACCUUUAAAGCCACCCCCGUGCGGCUGUCGCUAUAUAUUCAAGGUCUAGUGAGCUGCAGCUUCCUCCAGGAUUCCUUUCUACUUUACUGCCUCCUUUUUAUUCUCUACCUUCACGAUCCUUGAAGGGGUCUGUUGCAGAGGAGUAUCCUCGCCAGGCCUCGUGAUGAGGAUGGUGUGUUUUUGCAGAUGUGCCGUGUUUGGCUUACACUCCACUAAUGAGCCCACUUUACGGUCUCAUUAGUGCCCUUACUCUUCUCCUCCUCGACGUACUUAGUUUCUGAGGGUGAUUUUUAGAGCUGUGCCACACUCCUUCAACUUUUAUAAUCAUGUUAGGGAUAUCCAGUGCCUUGGAAAUGUUCUUUUAUCCUUCCCCUGAUUAGUGCUUUUCAGGAAAGUCACAGAGUUGUUUGGAGUUUGUUACGGUGCAGUUUUUAGCAGGUCGUUGGACGUGUGGAUGUUGACCACACACAGGUGAUCUCCAUUCAGAUUGUCAAACAGUGGCUGCACCAGUGAUGAUUUUUUUAACUUAGUUUUUAGCUGUCUCAAUCGAGUCAUUUUCUUUUGAUCAGUGUAAAACAAAAUCCUAAUUACAGCCAUUUUAAAGUAAGAAAACAAACAUGAAAUCAUCCACAGGAGGUGAAUGCUUUCUAACAGGCACUGUAUUUUCUUUUUAGGGGGGGUGAUGCUUUAUUUGUAACCAAAGAUGUGGUUCCAGUUUGCAACAUGUACGUGGUUUUGUCCUGAGAUCUAUUUAAUCAACUAGAAUUUAAAAUCAAAAUUGUUGAAAUGCAGUGCAGAUUAUCAGUGUCGCAGGUGUGAACUGAACGAGAGUGAAGCAUGUUUCUGUUCCAGCCACAGGAACUCACCUUCCAGUAAAAAUAAUCAGAGUACAAGGUUUUAAAUUCAGUCUGUAAAGUAUAUUUUAUUUGGGCUGAUAUUCUGUCUCAGCACUAUUUUGUGACUAUUAAUUAUAAGCCCUGUUCAACCCUCAACAUCCCUCUCUCUCUCUCUCUUGAUUGAUUUAUGUGUAUCCUCACAGUGAUCUUUUAUUUCCUGUGAACACGCACUUCUCUGACACAGAGGAGUUUGCUAAAUUCAUUGAAACCUCUCCAACAUUUGGAGAAAAGUCCAGAUUGCUGAUCACUUAGCUCCUGCGACAAAACUUUUUUUCCGUUGCAGCAACUGUUUUUCUUUUGUACGAACGCCAGCGUCCUCUCUGUUUGAUACUCGUGCGCUCGUCGAGCACUGUGGCUGCACACAUUUACUUAACACAAGCAAAUGUCUUUGACUUUAAUCUUUGUGAUCAUAGAAGUUUAUAUUUUCAUACAAAGAUUUGGUUUGUAUAGUGGCCCUGUGACAGAUUGUACUUUUGUGGGAAGUUUGUUAUCCAAAUCUCCGCAGCAGAAUUCCCACAGUCACGCCUGCCCCCUCUGAGGCCUGUGCUGAUAUUUAAACCAGAUUAUUUCCUGACAUUUGCUCAGCGGUCCAGGGAUCCAGUGUGUGAGCCUCAGUGCAUUUCCGCCAGGUUGGUAGUGAAGUCUAUUUUGUAACUUAAAUAAAAAAUGAAAUGGUUUUGUCCAUCAUAUCAGAUGUUUAUAUGAUAGUAUCAUAGCUGUAUAUCUCUAUGAUGCUGCCAUAUACCAUAUUAUAGUGUGAUAGUGUUAUUUAAUAGGUAAAUUGUAUUGCUAUUCAUGAAAUAAAGUUUGGGUUUGGGUGCACUGCAUCCUUGUAUUACAUGGAAA